AUGCCAUCGGCAUCGGCGACCCGUCCUGGCGACGCGUGGCGGCGGGCGGGGCGGGCGGAGGAGCUGGUGGCGGGGCUGGCGGCGGGUGACGCGAAAGUGCGGCUGCGCGCGGUGCGCGAUGUGAAGAACGCCGCCAUCGGCAGCCGCACGCGCAAGCUCGCUUUCAUCCGCCUGCGCGCCGUGCCCAGGCUGGUGGCGAUGCUAGAGGGAGCGGACGGAAUGGAAGGGGCGGAGGGGGCGGAGGGGGCAGGGGGGAAAGAGGGGGCGUGGGGAGUGGAGGAGGUGCAGCAGGCAGCGGCGGCGGUGGGCAGUUUGGCGUGCGGGCUGCCGGAGGGCGUGCAUGCCGUGCUGGCAGCGGGGGCCGUGCUGCCGCUGCUGCGCUGCUUGCUUCACCCGCACACCAAGGUGACGCCGUUGGAGUUUCUUUUGGGAAUUCUCAAAGGCAGUUUGGCGCGUGGGUUGGCAGAGGGCGUGCUUCCGCUAGCUGUCUGGCUGGCAGCCGGGGCCGUGCUGCCUCUGCUGCACUGCUUGCUGCACCCCCAUGCCAAGGUGGUGGAAGCAGCUGCAAGGUCACUGCGUUUGAUCUUCCAGUCCACUCCUGCGCUGCCACGUGGCAGCACUGCUGCAGGGGAUUGGCUCUCGCCCGCCCUCACCCUGCUGCCAUCCCUGCUCGCCUCCCCCAACGAGACAGUGUCAGAGGUGGCAGCGAGUGUGGCAGCGCACUGUGUGCACUCGCCGCAGCAACAGGCAGCACUAGCACAGGCAGGGGGGCUGCUGUCACUCACGCGCCUGCUCGCCUCGUCACCGCGCUGCACCGACGCUGCUCUGCUUGCCCUGGCGGCGGCUGUCAGGGGCGACAGACAGCAGGCUGCUGCUCUCGUGGGCGGGAUGACCAAGGGCGCCGAUCGAGGCACGUGGCUGCGACAGCAAGGCCACGAGCAGGCGGCGUGUCGGCGGGAGAGUGAAGAGGGGCGGGCGCAGCAUGUGGUGUGCGGGGCGAUUUUGUCUCCUCGCACAGGGCCACACCGCACGCCUGCUACCGCGCCUGCCACCGCGCUCACACCUGCUACUGCUGCCAGUGGCGAGAGGCCGAUGCGCAUGGGUGUGGGAGUGGGCGUGGGGGCAGCAGCGGCAGUGGAUGUGAAUGUGGCAGCGGUGGUGCUGGUGGCGCUCAUCAACCUGCUGCCUCUAGGCGACCAGGUGCUUCAGCCGCUGCUGCGCUGCCUCGAUGCCUCCCAGCCCAUGCCCCUGCGCACCGCUGCCUGCUCCUGUCUGCACUCUCUCUCCCGCUCCAUCAAGAAUCUCCGCACAGGACUGUCCACGGCGCCCAUCAUUCUCGCCGUUCUCAACCUCGCUGCCUCUCCCGACCCCUCUGCCCAGUUACCAGCGGUGUCAGCAUUGGCCAAUCUGCUGCUGGACUUCCGUGGUGACACGGGUGCUCUCAUGCAAGCAGGGCUGCUCACCCGCAUGGCCCACCUGGCAGCUGGGGGGCGGGAGGGGUGCGUGCAAGAGGAGGUCGUGAAAGGGGGUGUGGAGGGGAGUGUGGAAGGGAGAGUGGGGGGGAGAGGGCGGGUAGCAGUGCAGGUGGUGGAGCGCAGUGUGAUGGUGCUGCGCAAUGUGGCUCACUCCGCCACCACACCUGUCAAGCAGCAGCUGCUCGCCCUCCUGCUGCCCGCUACCCUUCCCGCCCUGCUGCUAGGUGCGUGCCUGCCUGCUCUUCUGCCAAGUGGGUGCCUGCUUCAUGUCUCAUUCCCGCAUCUCAUUCCCGUGUCUCAUUCCCGUGUCUCAUUCCCGUGUCUCAUUCCCGUGUCUCAUUCCCGUGUCUCAUUCCCGUGUCUCAUUCCCGUGUCUCAUUCCCGUGUCUCAUUCCCGUGUCUCAUUCCCGUGUCUCAUUCCCGUGUCUCAUUCCCGUGUCUCAUUCCCGUGUCUCAUUCCCGUGUCUCAUUCCCGUGUCUCAUUCCCGUGUCUCAUUCCCGUGUCUCAUUCCCGUGUCUCAUUCCCGUGUCUCAUUCCCGUGUCUCAUUCCCGUGUCUCAUUCCCGUGUCUCAUUCCCGUGUCUCAUUCCCGUGUCUCAUUCCCGUGUCUCAUUCCCGUGUCUCAUUCCCGUGUCUCAUUCCCGUGUCUCAUUCCCGUGUCUCAUUCCCGUGUCUCAUUCCCGUGUCUCAUUCCCGUGUCUCAUUCCCGUGUCUCAUUCCCGUGUCUCAUUCCCGUGUCUCAUUCCCGUGUCUCAUUCCCGUGUCUCAUUCCCGUGUCUCAUUCCCGUGUCUCAUUCCCGUGUCUCAUUCCCGUGUCUCAUUCCCGUGUCUCAUUCCCGUGUCUCAUUCCCGUGUCUCAUUCCCGUGUCUCAUUCCCGUGUCUCAUUCCCGUGUCUCAUUCCCGUGUCUCAUUCCCGUGUCUCAUUCCCGUGUCUCAUUCCCGUGUCUCAUUCCCGUGUCUCAUUCCCGUGUCUCAUUCCCGUGUCUCAUCCCCGUGUCUCAUCCCCGUGUCUCAUCCCCGUGUCUCAUCCCCGUGUCUCAUCCCCGUGUCUCAUCCCCGUGUCUCAUCCCCGUGUCUCAUCCCCGUGUCUCAUCCCCGUGUCUCAUCCCGUGUCUCAUUCCCGUGUCUCAUUCCCGUGUCUCAUUCCCGUGUCUCAUUCCCGUGUCUCAUUCCCGUGUCUCAUUCCCGUGUCUCAUUCCCGUGUCUCAUUCCCGUGUCUCAUUCCCGUGUCUCAUUCCCGUGUCUCAUUCCCGUGUCUCAUUCCCGUGUCUCAUUCCCGUGUCUCAUUCCCGUGUCUCAUUCCCGUGUCUCAUUCCCGUGUCUCAUUCCCGUGUCUCAUUCCCGUGUCUCAUUCCCGUGUCUCAUUCCCGUGUCUCAUUCCCGUGUCUCAUUCCCGUGUCUCAUUCCCGUGUCUCAUCCCGUGUCUCAUCCCCGUGUCUCAUCCCCGUGUCUCAUCCCCGUGUCUCAUCCCCGUGUCUCAUUCCCGUGUCUCAUUCCCGUGUCUCAUUCCCGUGUCUCAUUCCCGUGUCUCAUUCCCGUGUCUCAUUCCCGUGUCUCAUUCCCGUGUCUCAUUCCCGUGUCUCAUUCCCGUGUCUCAUUCCCGUGUCUCAUUCCCGUGUCUCAUUCCCGUGUCUCAUUCCCGUGUCUCAUUCCCGUGUCUCAUUCCCGUGUCUCAUUCCCGUGUCUCAUUCCCGUGUCUCAUUCCCGUGUCUCAUUCCCGUGUCUCAUUCCCGUGUCUCAUUCCCGUGUCUCAUUCCCGUGUCUCAUUCCCGUGUCUCAUUCCCGUGUCUCAUUCCCGUGUCUCAUUCCCGUGUCUCAUUCCCGUGUCUCAUUCCCGUGUCUCAUUCCCGUGUCUCAUUCCCGUGUCUCAUCCCCGUGUCUCAUCCCCGUGUCUCAUCCCCGUGUCUCAUCCCCGUGUCUCAUCCCCGUGUCUCAUUCCCGUGUCUCAUUCCCGUGUCUCAUUCCCGUGUCUCAUUCCCGUGUCUCAUUCCCGUGUCUCAUUCCCGUGUCUCAUUCCCGUGUCUCAUUCCCGUGUCUCAUUCCCGUGUCUCAUUCCCGUGUCUCAUUCCCGUGUCUCAUUCCCGUGUCUCAUUCCCGUGUCUCAUUCCCGUGUCUCAUUCCCGUGUCUCAUUCCCGUGUCUCAUUCCCGUGUCUCAUUCCCGUGUCUCAUUCCCGUGUCUCAUUCCCGUGUCUCAUUCCCGUGUCUCAUUCCCGUGUCUCAUCCCCGUGUCUCAUCCCCGUGUCUCAUCCCCGUGUCUCAUCCCCGUGUCUCAUCCCCGUGUCUCAUUCCCGUGUCUCAUUCCCGUGUCUCAUUCCCGUGUCUCAUUCCCGUGUCUCAUUCCCGUGUCUCAUUCCCGUGUCUCAUUCCCGUGUCUCAUUCCCGUGUCUCAUUCCCGUGUCUCAUUCCCGUGUCUCAUUCCCGUGUCUCAUUCCCGUGUCUCAUUCCCGUGUCUCAUUCCCGUGUCUCAUUCCCGUGUCUCAUUCCCGUGUCUCAUUCCCGUGUCUCAUUCCCGUGUCUCAUUCCCGUGUCUCAUUCCCGUGUCUCAUUCCCGUGUCUCAUUCCCGUGUCUCAUUCCCGUGUCUCAUUCCCGUGUCUCAUUCCCGUGUCUCAUUCCCGUGUCUCAUUCCCGUGUCUCAUUCCCGUGUCUCAUCCCGUGUCUCAUUCCCGUGUCUCAUUCCCGUGUCUCAUUCCCGUGUCUCAUUCCCGUGUCUCAUUCCCGUGUCUCAUUCCCGUGUCUCAUUCCCGUGUCUCAUUACCGUGUCUCAUUCCCGUGUCUCAUUCCCGUGUCUCAUUCCCGUGUCUCAUUCCCGUGUCUCAUUCCCGUGUCUCAUUCCCGUGUCUCAUUCCCGUGUCUCCUUCCCGUGUCUCCUUCCCGUGUCUCAUUCCCGUGUCUCAUUCCCGUGUCUCAUUCCCGUGUCUCCUUCUGUCAUGCCGUGUCUGCGUUGUUGCUGCCAUCACCCGCUGCCCACCCCUCUCCCACCUGCUGCGAAUGCGGACCUCUCUGCUACCCGUCGUCGCCCUACCUCCAUCGCUCUGCAUCCAUCCCCACCUUAUCCCGCCAGACUCCUCGCCAAGUGUGCAGGUGCAGGCAGCGAGUUGGCGGCAGUGCAGCGGACUCAGUAUGCGGUGCGAGUGGAGGUGCGUGGAGGUGCUGUGCUCCGUUCCAUCUCUUUCUGACUCUCUUUUUGCUUGCUGUUCAAUCUGUAAGCCCAAUCUCCCUUGUACUGCUCUCUGCUCCUAUGUAUCCCAGCAACUCCAUGCUGGCUCUGAGCAACGUGGCAGCAGGGGGCGCACAGGCCAAGGACUCUGUGCUGCCGCUGCUGCUGCUGCCUGCCGCCAAGGUCAGGGAGUUUGAAGCCCGUUGGCAGGCAGGAGCAGAGAGUGAAGAAGCCGUGUGCGGGGCGCCAGGGAGCGUGGAAGCAGAUGGAGCGAAGGCGGUCGCAUGCAGUGGUGCAGGCUCGAGUCCAAGUGCUGCUGCUGCCGCUGCUGCUGCGGGCAGCAUCAAGGGGCGAGAGGGAAAAGGAGAAGCGCUGGCAGCCACCCCUCCGCCCCAUCUUCUCCACCAGCACCCGCCUUCCAGCUCGACCCAGCCCAGCAAUCCCCCCUCUCCUCAGCUCAUCCUGCACCUGCUGCGCCUGCGCGGCUGCACGUGCCUGCGCCUGGCCUCGCUCUGGUGCCUCGCCAACCUCUGCCGCCCCGCGUGCCCGGGGGCUCACAGGCGAGCGGCUGCGGUGAGGGCAGUAGAGGGCGUGGUGGCGCAGCUGGAGAGGCUGGCAGCGCACGGGAGCUUCGACAUCGCUUGUCGUGCCAAGCUAGCACUUGACUAUUCAAUCCCGGAUUCCUUUCAGCAUCUCACCAGCCUACGUUCCCUCUCGCUGCAGUCCCAGCAUGUGAUGUGCCUGCCAGAGCAUGUGAUGGGGGCGAUGACGCGAUUGGAGGAGCUUUUCCUUCGCUGGGGGUCCCUCCAGACCCUCCCGGACACCAUCUGCUCCCUCCCCCUCUCCUCCCUCUCCAUCGACGCAUGCCCUGCACUCACCUCUCUUCCUGACAAUCUCGGAUCCCUGGCACACCUUGAAACCCUAGCGCUGGUCAAUCUGCGCAACCUCUGUGCUCUGCCCGAGAGCGUGGGCAACUUACAGCGAUUGAGGAGGUUGAGAAUCGAGGGUGUGCGUCUGCUGCAGCUGCCCGAAAGCCUGUGCACGGGGAGUGUGAGGCACAGCCUGGAGAAGCUGUACCUGCGCGGCUGCAGUGAGCUGAGGCGGCUGCCCCCCCAGCUGCCCAUGCUGACGCGCCUCCAAGAGCUCGAAAUCACCGCCUGCUCUCGCCUCGAGUCCCUAGACCCUCUGUUUUCUCCGAAUCCCGCAUUAGGCGUGACCUGCUGCUCCCUUGCUUCUGCUCUCUCCGUUGAUCCUGCUUCUGCCCCUCCUCCUGACCUUGCGCCUCGCCCUCCUCUUGACCCUGCUCCUGCUUCUGCCACUGUCGCUGCUGCUGGCCCCACCACUGCUUGCACUCAUACCAAUAAGUCCACCGAGCCACAGCCACAGCCACAGCCACAGCCACAGCCACAGCCACAGCCACAGCCACAGGCACAGGCACAGGCACAGGCACAGCCACAGCCACAGCCACAGCCACAGCCACAGCCACAGCCACAGCCACAGGCACAGGCACAGGCACAGCCACAGCCACAGCCAGAGCACAGCAAGGAGCAGCGCACCGCACAGCAGCCCUGGGGCCUGGCGUCUCUCACCAGCCUAUCUCUGCGUAACUGUUCACAAUUCUCCUCUCUCCCUGAUUCCUUCUCCGCGCUCUCUGCCCUCUCAUCCCUCACCCUCACCCACAUGCACGGCCUCUCCAACCUGCCAGAAUCCCUCGGACGGCUGCAAAACCUCACCUUCUUGAAGCUCGAAAACUUGAAAAAGUUAUCUGUGCUGCCCGAGUCACUAGGGCAGCUGAAAAACCUUGAAACACUGGAGCUGUGCUAUUUGCCGGAGCUGAACUCUUUGCCCGGGUCACUCCGUUGGUUGCCCAAGCUGAAAGAGCCGUUGCUGACCGACGUUGGUAGGGUGACAGAGUGGUGGUGGAUUGACUACCUCCCAUCUGUUAGGUCUGCCAGAAUGCGCCUCAUGCUUCACUAA